AUGAACAUGGCUGCGACGCCGCCUAAAGCUUCCCCAUCGUCGGCGUCGUCGCCAAUCAAGCAUACGCACACCGCCUGCUUUCCGACGUCGUCGCGCCUCAUGACCGAUCGUACCAGCUCUUCCCCAAACCGCGAAUCUGCUCCGGUCGAUGACGCCUACCGCAGCCUCGGCUCCGUUCCUGGGUGCGAGACCAACACGCUCCCAAUACACUUGUCGGUCGCCCAUUUCCUCUGGUGGGUGUUGCCCUGUCACAAGCCCAGCAGACCCCGCAGACUCAACAGAGACGCGCACGAUGCGCAAGAGGAUCCUGGGUGUGCCACAUCCGGAGCAAAGUCGUGCUCGCAUCCGCAGAGCGCAACGUCGUACUCUUCCGCCACGUCAAAUCUCCCAAACACCGGAAGCGCAUUCGAGAAGUGCUUCUUCGAGCUGCGAUACUUCCUAGCGUGGGAUUCUUGCAAUUUCUGCAUCAGUGUCGACGAGCAAUACCAGAGCUAUGUCGACAAGAAGCUCCGCGAUUUCAGGUUUUACGAGGACGCUUUCGGUCGUUAUCAAGAGCGCUCUGUGCCCAAGUAUUCUGCAUUCACGACGUGCGAGCAUGGUCAUCAGACUCCCACCAACUCGGUCGACCACCCUGUCGCGAAGAAGUGCUCCGGUCAUCCGGCAAGCAAGAAACAUCUCUGUCCGCCGGCCAAAACGACCCCUCUUAUUGCUAACAGCGGGAGUCACAGCACUUCUGCCAAACCGACCGGACCCCAGACUGCUAAGCAGACCUCCAGUGCAGUCGCACCAUCGACGGCUUCAGCGGUCCACCCAGCUGCCACUGCUCCAUCCAAUUCUGCCCCUACGUCCACCUCCGCAGCCGUUCUUCCGGCAACAGCUGCAAAGACCACCCCGUCAGCGACAGCCCAGACAGCAGCCGCAAAACCGAAAGCCGACUCGGCUCGGCGUCAGCAGAAGAAGCCGGAGCAGGUGCAGUCCUCUACUCUGCUCUCCGACUGUCGACGUUUCCCUGGCUUCGCCGAGUCCAAUGCCGAGAAGCGCACCUACAUGUCUCACGACGCUACGCUGGCCGAAGUGAUGCGCGGACUCAAUCGCGCCGUGCUUGCUUUUGGCGUCGCUUCUCCCGAAUCUGUGGUGUUCGCCGAGCUCGCUGGCAUGGUUGCGCUGCUCAACUACGCGGCUGCCUUCUACAUCGACUUUGCAGACCGCAUCGAGAGCUACAUGCAGCACCGAUUUGGCAAUCUCUUUGUGGAUCAUUACUUCCGCACCGUCUAUUGCAAUCGUGCAAGCUACAUCGAGAAGGAGGAAUUCAGCAGUGAAGGCUGUCCACAGGCGAAAAGCGAUCCGGAGGCGCGCAAGACGAGGAGGCAUACGAUCGAGACGUCCUUCACCAAAAUGGUGCCCGACGUGACCGAGCUACGUGACGGCGUGCAGACGGUGCUGUUCACGUUUACGUGGAUCAACUACAUAGCGUACAGGGGCUACGACGCGGCCAUGACUGCUACUCUGCACAGCGUCAUCCCGCUGCUCCAGACGAUCAUCGUUCGAUGUGCACGUCAGAUGUACCUGAUGCAGCGAGCUCUCACGGCCGCACAGUCCAUCUCUGCCAUCAGCAAGGUCCAGGCACCCAAGGCACUCGACCUGCAGUGGGACCUUCUUGACCUCAGCGCAGCGCUUCAGAACCUGUCUGGUGGCGAUCUGGCGCUGUUUACUUCGGAUCGUUACGAGCGAGGAGCUGAAUACUUCCGCAAGAAGAGAAGCAAGAAGCGCGAAAGGGGAUGCAUCGAGAAGGUGGUUUCUUGCCCUUACUCGGCACAUCUUUACACAUCAGCUGUGGCCGAUAUUGCCCUUCGCACCUUACUACAGAUGCACAAAGCCAUCCACACGGGCACCUUCUCCAAGCCGCCCAUCAAGCAUAGCGAAAAGUGUAACGACCGAUGCACCUGCACCAGCUUUGAGGACAGCAUCACCCCAAUCAUCGACGGCUUGUACAAGCGUUUGACUCUGAUCGAGCGCAAGCAGUACGAUUGGAAGCCGCUCAUGGUCCAAGGGAAGAGGGUGAAGAAGGCCAAGAGGAAGAGCGACACUGCGACUGCGAGCGGAGUGGCCAUCAAGGGGCAAGGUCAGAAGACCAAGAACGACAAUGUGGACAAAGAGAUGAUGCUGAGGGACAUCCUCAGCAAGCGCAUCGACGAGUUCGACACGCCCAACACGAUGCUGAAAGGUCCGAGCGACUAUGCCUACUUUACGGAUGCGCCGCUGUUGUCGAAGGGCAGCGUUUCAGGCAGUGCAGCAAACAAGAAGGCAAGCUCCACCACGCAGACCACCACCUCCACGUCAGCGGACAACGUCGUCACGACGACCAAGACGGUCAAGAGCGGCUCCACCACCAUCACCUCCAGGACGUCCGACACGGGCGGGUCCGUGAGCCUCUCCAUUGCGUCGAGCGCACUGCCCGAGUCGAUGCAGCAGAAGCUGCUGUCCGAGCUGAGGAAGAAGCCCGCAUCGUUUUCGGGAAGCCAAGCCGAGUGGAUCGCGACGAUGGCCGGACCCUUCGCAUCGACCACCGAGCCGGACUUUACGAAGAAUCCGGCUUAUCAGGCGUUCCGGAUGGCGCUGGGAGAGCUGCCAGUGUCGGCGGACGUACCGUCGUGCCUCACCGAGGCGGAGAAGGAGGCGUGGCUCGAGGGCAGCUUUGAGGGUCUGUUUGAAGCAUUGUACGACCCUCCCGGGCUGGAGGAGGAUUAUCACAGUUGGGCUGCCGGCAGUGGGUUUGAUGGGAUUGAUGAUUGA